AUGACUGCCACAAGAUUUAUCCAAUCUCGUAUUAGCGGAUACUACAACAGUCAAAAUGACGAUUCUAUAAGGCUUAUGGAUAAAACAUAUACCGAACAAACGGCAAAGUAUAUUCAACUUGUUGGUCGUAUGGAAGAGAAAUACGCCAAGGAUUUUGUUGAACUCCCGAGG